AAAAGGAGCUUGCACUUCAUUUUGUACACUUGUAUAUGUGAGCUCAAAAGAAAAAUUGAUAAAAGAGCUGACAGCUGGUUUUUUUAAGAUGGAAGGUGGCUGCAGAAUCAAGUUAAGGGUUUUUGAGGUGACAUCAUGGUUGUGGUUGUGGUUGAUUAUCACGACAGUCGUAGCUCAAGCUCAAAACACCAACACUGAUCCAGCUGAAGUGCGAGCUAUAAAUGAAAUGUUCAGGCAAUGGAGGAUACCGGAAACUGUAGCAACACAGAGGGGAUGGAACCUAAGCGGAGAACCGUGCAGCGGCGCUGCUUUGGAAGCUACCAGCUUCGAUUUACCGACUUACAAUCCUGGCAUCAUAUGUGAUUGUAAUUUCCCUAAUUCUACUUGCCACAUUACUCAACUAAAAGUUUAUGCAAUGGAUGUGGCGGGCCCAAUCCCAGAAGAACUCUGGACUUUGGUUUACCUUAUGACUCUAAAUUUGGCCCAGAACUACUUGACAGGUCCCUUGUCACCUUCAAUUGGUAAUUUAACUCGGAUGCAGUGGCUGACUGUGAGCCUCAAUGCUUUAUCUGGGGAGCUUCCACCAGAGCUAGGACAGCUUUCUGACCUUAGAUUGUUGUCGUUUAGCGGAAACAAUUUCAAUGGUUCCCUACCAUCUGAAAUUGGAAAUUUGCGAAAUUUACAACAACUUUACAUUGAUAGUUCUGGAGUGGGCGGUGAAAUACCUUCUACAUUUGCUAAUUUACAGAACAUGGUUACAGUAUGGGCUUCUGAUAAUGAAUUCACCGGGAGAAUACCUAACUUUAUAGGGAAUUGGACACAAUUAGUGGAAUUGAGGUUUGAGGGGAACUCUUUUGAAGGUUCAAUACCACCUUCAUUUUAUAAUUUGACCUCUUUGCAGGACUUGAGAAUAAGUGGUUUAUUGAAUGGAACUUUGGAUUUUAUCAGGAAUAUGAAGUCCCUUGGUGUUCUAGUUUUAAGGAAUAACAGAAUUUCUGGCUCAAUUCCAACUGACAUCGGAGGACACCCAAAUUUGACUCGACUGGAUUUGAGUUUCAACAAUUUGGAUGGACAGAUUCCAAGAGGGUUGUUCAACUUGAGUCAACUCUCUUUCUUGUUUCUUGGAAACAACAGUUUAAAUGGUACCCUUCCUGAUGCAAAGAGUGCAAGCCUCACAAAUAUUGAUGUGUCUUACAAUGAACUAUCUGGAACACUUCCUUCUUGGGUCAAUGAGGCAAACUUACAACUUAACUUAGUUGUGAACAACUUCACUUUAGGAGAUUCAGGAAACAGUGAAUUGCCUACAGGUUUAGAAUGUCUCCAAAGGAAUUUCCCUUGUGCUCGUGGGUCCCCAAGAUAUAGUGGCUUUGGAAUAAAUUGCGGUGGUCCUUCAAUCACUUCAUCCAACCGGAUACUUCAUGAGGAAGAGAAUGAAGCACUUGGAGCAGCAACAUAUUAUGUGAGUUCUGAAAGAAGGUGGGGUGUCAGCAAUGUGGGUCAGAGGGACAACCCACGAUAUACGAUUUCCUCUUUAAGACAAUUCACAGGCACUUUAGAUCCAGAACUUUUCCAGACAGCGAGAGUCUCUGCUGGAUCAUUAAGAUAUUACGGUUUAGGGCUGGAAAAUGGUAAUUACACAGUGACCCUCCAGUUUGCAGAACUAGAGAUAGAAGAUGGACCCAGUUGGAAAAGUGGUGGAAGGCGCGUCUUUGACAUCUAUUUGCAGGGAAACCGGGUGUUUCAAGAUUUCGAUAUAAAAAGGGCAGCAGGGGGGGCUACCUUUAGUCCUGUUCAAAGGCAAGCAUCAGUCCAGGUUACAGAUAACUACCUUGAGAUUCAUUUAUUCUGGUCUGGAAAAGGGACUUGUUGUGUACCUAUGCGAGGGACUUUUGGACCUCUUAUCUCAGCGAUCAGUGCCACUCCAAAUUUCCGCCCCACUGUGAGCAACACUCCACCUUCCACAAAGAAGAAGAAUAGGACAGGUUUAAUUGUUGGGAUUCCUAUUGCAGUUGUUAGCUUUCUGUCAUUAUUAGCCCUAUAUAUUUUUCGUCAGUGGAGGAAAAAGCAGGACGCAUCUGACAAUUAUGAAGAGUUUUUGGGAAUUGACGCCAAACCAUAUACCUUUAGUUAUGGAGAACUGAGAGAUGCUACUGAUGGUUUUAGUCCUGCAAAUAAGCUUGGUGAGGGUGGUUUUGGACCUGUUUACAAGGGAACACUUGAUGAUGGGAGAGUAAUAGCUGUUAAACAACUCUCUGUAGCCUCCCACCAGGGCAAGGCUCAGUUUAUUGCUGAAAUAGCAACAAUAUCCGCUGUCCAACACCGCAAUCUUGUUAAGUUAUAUGGAUGCUGCAUUGAAGGAGUCAAACGGCUUCUUGUUUACGAGUAUCUUGAGAACAAGAGUCUUGAUCAAGCAUUAUUCGGAGACAACAGGAUAUCUCUUAAUUGGGCAACCCGGUUUGAAAUAUGCCUUGGGCUAGCACGCGGUCUUGCAUAUCUGCAUGAGGAAUCUCGAAUAAGGAUUAUACACAGAGAUGUUAAAGCUAGCAAUGUUUUACUUGAUGUUGAUCUCAACCCUAAGAUCUCAGAUUUUGGUUUGGCCAAACUUUAUGAUGACAAGAAAACACACAUGAGUACUCGUGUUGCAGGCACCAUAGGGUAUUUGGCACCAGAGUAUGCAAUGCGUGGACACCUUACAGAAAAGGCUGAUGUGUUUGGGUUUGGAGUUGUAGCUCUAGAGAUUGUUAGUGGAAGGCCUAAUUCUGAUUCAACUUUGGAAGAUGAGCAAGUUUAUCUUCUUGAAUGGGCAUGGAACCUACAUGAAGCAAAUAGUGAAGUUGAAUUGGUGGAUGAAGAAUUGUCUGAAUUUGAUGAGAAUGAAGUAAAAAGAGUGACGAAAAUCGCCCUUCUAUGCACCCAAACCUCACCAAUGCAAAGACCACCAAUGUCGCGAGUGGUGGCAAUGCUUUCAGGAGAUAUAGAAGCAGGUGGUGUCAUUACUCGGCCCGAGUAUUUGACUGGCUUUAAUUUUAAAGAUGCUACCACCUUCAACAGUACUGCUUCAACUUUAGGUACAAAUUCUAUACCAAGUACAAGUCAAUCCACUAUUUCAACAACCACACCUAAUCAUGAUUCCGGGCUGAUGCUUGAUAAUAUCAUUGGAGAAGGUAGGUGAUGGUGAUGACAUAGUUUGUUCAUGGAUAAUCCCUUUGUGUUAUUUUUCUUAGGAGUUAAUAUGUAUGACAUACCAAUAGAGAUGCCAUUUACAUUUCUGAUAGCAAUCUCUAAAUUUAGGCUGUAAUUUGUUAAUUUUGAAAAUGGUUGAAUGAAUUUGUGAUUGAUAACA